CAUUGUACUCUUUUUUCCUGUACGAUGAAACAUAUAAAUAUCAAAAUUAUUUGAUAUUAUUUUAAUAAAUCACGAUGAUCUCGUGGGUGGCUCUUCUCUUAAUAUGUGCCAAGUUCGCUGUCGGUUUUCACUCUCCGGCUGAAGAAGUACCAGCUGCAGAUCCUAAUAAUGUUAAAUUUAGAAAAUGUGUCGAUUUUACCGCAGAAGGUGGGGCCAACUCAUGGAAACAGGAUUUAAAAACAUUUCUUUAUCCAGAAAAUGAGGCCUUUGAUCUAGGUACAAAAAAAGACAACGACAAGUUUCGCAUGAUGUCUUUAGCUGUAGUGGAUAAAUUAAAUAGCUUACAGGAAUAUGCAAACACUGUAAAAAAUGUGUCCGACAAGUUAAAUAGUUUACAGGAAUAUGAAAACACUUUAAAAAAUGUGUCCGAUAGAUUAAAUAGUUUACAGCAAUAUGAAAACACUUUAAAAAAUGUGUUAGAUAAAUUAAACAGUUUACAGGAAUAUGAAAACACUUUAAAACCUGUGUUCGAUAAAUUAAAUAGUUUACAGGAAUAUGAAAACACUUUAAAACAUACAUUCGAUAAAUUAAGUAAUGUACAGGAAUACCAAAAAAAAGUGUUCGAUAAGUGCAAAUAUCUGGUUGGUAAAAGUCAAAUACCGUUUUGUGGCUUAAAUCCAGAACAACCAUUUUCCGAAACUGAACACGCCUAUCCAAGUAGUUGCAAAGAAAUAUUGAAAGGCGGUAAAAAUAAGUCAGGUGUGUAUAUAAUCAAACCUAAAAGAAGUGGCAAGUCGGUUGCUGUUUUGUGCGAUAUGGAAACUAAAGGGGGUGGCUGGACUCAUAUUCAGAAGAGGUUUGAUGGAUCUCAAGAAUUCUACCUACCUUGGGGAGACUAUAAAUUCGGAUUUGGUGAUCUUAUGGGUGAAUUUUGGAUUGGAUUGGAAAAUAUUCACCUAAUGACAGCUUUUGAAUCAAGCGAACUCUUGGUAGAAUUGACUGAUACGGACAAAAAGAACUAUUACGCCCAAUACUCAUCGUUCUCAAUAGGCAACGAAAAAGAUGGCUACAUAUUAAAUAAAAUUGGUGGGUUUUCAGGUGACGCGGGGAAUUCUCUAAUCGGUCAUUAUAAUCAAAAAUUUACAACUUUUGAUGUGGAUCAGGAUCAAGAUAGUGAUGGAAAUUGUGCACAAAAAAGAGAAGGAGCUUGGUGGUACAACAAUUGUAUUGAUAGCAAUCUAAAUGGAAAAUUUAUGACUGAAGAAAAAUAUUCACUUCGGGGUCUAAUCUGGUACUCUUUGAAAAAAUAUGAAAAUUUGGCAGGGUCAAGAAUGAUGAUACGACCAUUUGGAGAAUAAAAUAAUUUUUCUUGAAAAAGAAAUAAAUUAAAAAACAUUUUUGUUAAAAUUUCAUUAUACAGGGUUGCGAAAAAGUAUGCAACACGUUAUUUUCUCGUAAACCGCUAGCACGAUUUUUAUAGAUUUUGGUGGGUAAGGGUCUUUUAAUGUGGCCGAUGUUAUAGUGGUAAUUACAUUGUUGUCAAAUCUUCCGUUUUCUGUAAAUCUAAUGAAAUUUCUUAUUUCAGAUGGAACACCCUGUAUAUUUUUUAAGUCUUGGAAUCCUUAGGGAAUACUGAUUAUUGUUCAUAUGAUAUUCCCUAUAUCUAAAUGCCAUAAUUUUUGAGUUAUCGCAACAUUUAUUUAAAAAAUUUAAACAAUUUAUAAAAAAACAGUUUUUUCGGCCCGGGUAAACAUUAUUUUAGGUUCUUUGUAUCAUUGGAAACAAAAAAGAUAUUUUGUAAUUUUUCCUAAAGUUAAUCGUUUUUGAGUUAUAAACGAUUUAAAACUGAAAAAAAAAACGAAAAAUUACGAUUUCAAGGUUCAAAAACAUAAGUAAAAAAAAUAAUUUUUGACAUUACAAAGUACCUAGAUUCAAGAUCAAACCGUCUCCUAUCAGAUACCUAUAAGAAUUUUUGGCACGUUUUAUUCUAUAAUAUUGUUUUUUUUUAAUUAUUAAUGAGGCGCAUAUGAGAGAACUGGAGAUAACAACUAAAAACUAAUAUUUUAAAAUAAAACAAGACCAAAUUGCUUAUCUGUAGCUGAUAAAAUAGGGCUCGAACUUGAAUUUAGGCACUUCGUAGUUUCAAAAAUAAUGUUUUUUACUUGUAUUUUUAAACCUAGAAAAUCGUCUUUUUCCGAUUUUUUCAGUUUUAAAUUGUUUAUUUAUAUAGGUUUUCAGUUUUAACUCGGAAACGAUUAUUAAGUUUAGAAGAAAAUUACAAAAGACCUUUUUUGUUCACAAUGAUUCAAGGAAACGAAAAUAAUGUCUACACGGGCAAAAAAAUUGAUUUUGAUAAACUGUUUAAUUUUUUUUUUUUUUAAUAAAUGUAGCAAUAACUCCGAAAUUAUGGCAUUUAGAUAUAAGGAAUAUCAUAUGAAAAAUAAUCAGUAUAUGAUACCUUAAAAAUUCCAAAACUCAAAAAAUAUACAGGGUGUUUCAUUUGAAAUAAGAAAGUUCAUUAGAUUUCCAGAAAAACGGAAGAUUUGACAGCAAUGUAAUUACCACUACAAUAUCGGUCGCAUUAAAAGACCCUCACCUACCAAAAUCCAUAAAAACCGUUCUAGCUGUUUUCGAGAAAUUACCGUGUUACCAGACUUUUCCGCAACCCUGUAUAUUUAUGAUUGCACAAUAUUAUGUAUGUAUCUACAAAAAUAUUUCUUAAUACAAUUCACCUAGAUAAAAUUAAAAUUGUUUCAUUUUUAUACAAUAUUUUUAUAACCGGUAUAAGAAAUGUUGUUCUGAAGCUAUUUUCUUGUGGCAUUUUUACAAUUUUAACUAUUUAUAAUGGGAAAUAAGCCACAAUAUUAGUAGUAUUUUGUAUUUUGACAACGACACCCGAUUUGGGCGUCGAAACGUUAAUAAAAAUCAUUUUUUAAUAAUAUUGUGGCUUAUUUCCCAUUAUAAAUAGUUAAAACGGUAUAAGAAAGAAAUAAAUUAUAAAAUUUAGUAAUAUUAUGUAGUAUGUUUUGUUUAUAAAUAUUCACGCCCAUCAAGUUAGCAGGACAAAGUCAGCAGAACACAGUUAUCCUUAUACCAUAAUUAAGUGUAAAUUAAAUACAAAUUUAAUGUUCCAAGAAAAAAUGUAUUGCUCUUUUCUUUUAAAAGUUAUCGCAUGUUCUGCUAACUUGAUAAUCAAACUAGCAGAACAGUAGUUCAAAAAUUUGAUAAAUCAUUUAUAAUUGAAUGCCAAAGAAUUCUCUGAAUUAAAUGCAAAUUUAAUGUUCCAAGAAAAAAUGUAUUGCUCUUCUUCUUUAAAAGUUAUCGCAUGUUCUGCUAACUUGAUAAUCAAGCUAGCAGAACAGUAGUUCAAUAAUUGAUAAAUCAUUUAUAAUUGAAUGCCAAAGUAUUAUCUGAAUUAAAUGCAAAUCCAAGAAAAAAUGUAUUGCUCUUCUUCUUUAACAGUUAUCGCAUGUUCAGUUAACUUGAUAAUCAAGCUAGCAGAACAGUAGAUCAAAAUCUGAUAAAUCAUUUAUAAUUGAAUGUCAAAGUAUUCUCUGAAUUAAAUCAAAUAUAAAUA